UUCUCCUCUCCCAGAAUGGCCAUCCCAGCAGUCCGUCUCCUAUGCCUGGAGCAACUGGACCGUUCGCUGAAGGACCACACCAGGGACUUUUUAGAUCUGGCGUGCCUUACUCACUUCCCCGACCGCUCGCUCUCUAACUUCUUCUACACCGGCCUGAGCGAGCGGUGUAAGGCACGCCUACCAGCGAACGGUCCCCGAGAGGAUUUCGCCGCUUUUGUGGAGUGGGUGCUGGAGAAAAAUGAAUCUUCAUUUACCAUCACCACCGCCGAAGAGGAUAUCUCCAGCCCCACUCCUGACCCAGAGACCAGCCAGCCACCAUCCCGACACACGGAGCCAGAGCCCACCGCAGCCGCAGAGCCCGAGCCAUCCACUGACAGGAAGCAGGAUCUCGAGAGCGCGACUGACCAGGUGUGCAAGCCGGCAACACCGUGCAUCGUGGGAGUCCUCGUGGAGAUCGAGGGCGUGGAGGAAAGCCCUGCCCAAACUCCUGCGACUGAGGGUGAGCUGUAUGCGAUCUCGGGAAAAAACAUGGAGCAACGUAUGGACCUUACGGACUGGUCAAUGGAGACCAGCCAGUUCCUCGUCAUCCCUGCUGGUGCCAGUCAGUCCCGCAGCUCACCCUCAGUCCGCGCCAUCUGGGCGAGAUGGUUCGCCGCUGGACUGCCAGUCUCCAGCUCCGCCUUGGCGCGUUAA